AUGGUAUCCCGUCGAGUCAAACCCCGUCGUCAUUCACAGCAGCCUCCAAUUCUGCCUGAUAAUGCAACUCAAGAGGCUGUGAACGUCAAUCCAAAGGAAGAUGAAGAACCUCAGGUUGCAGAGACUGGCCACGACGAUGAGGGUGCGGUUACAGAAACGAAGUCGACCCCUGAAGGAGCCGGCAUGGCUUCAUCUCACGAUCAAGACGAGCCGAUGCAAAGUGAACCCGAUGCCAAACUCGACGACACCACCACAGAAGUGUCAGAAGAAGUUCCAGCAGCUCCAGAAGCUCCAGCUAGUGAAGUAACACCGCCAACUUCCGCUGUAAAUUUUUCUCCGGCACACACUCCUCUCGCCUAUUCUCUCAGUCCUACACCUCACUCCCCACAAACACGUCCUUUUUCACCUCCUUCUCGUCUCUUAUCCCCCGUCUCCUUUUCCGUUGGCAGUCCUCCAGUUGCUCCUCCCCCUUCACCAGCAUCAGCCCCUUACCAUCCGCGAGACACGGUCGCUGCUGAGCCAUUCUUUCAUCAGUUACCUUAUCUCCCUAAUUCCCAGUCUCAUCUGCCUCAGAUGUAUUCCGGAAGCCACAAUCAGGGGCAGUUCCCUUACAAUAACAACACGUCUCGUUGGAUGCCGCCGAUGACGGGAACUCCAGGCAUGGCCUCAGGCAAUGUCCAGAAUCCUCAGCAAGGUAAAAUUCAAACAUCCACCACUCCUCGUCCUCCUUUGCCUUUUGGAUUUACUUCUACACCCUCGAAUAUCCCCGGUGCUGUCCCUCCUACUACUACGUCUGGAACUUCUUCUGUUUCCCACCUUCCAGCCGUUGUUCCUCGCGCUGAAACUCCUGCUCCCCCUCCUGGUUCUCCUUCUGUACGCGUUUCUACGCCUGUGUCUUCACCUUCUGCCGUUUCUGCUACUGCUGCAAUCAAACUAAAGAAAAACGAAUACAAAGGCCCACUCAUCGUUUCUUCAUAUCCAAUCCCAUACAACCUCUUGUCGCGUGAAGUCAUGCAUUUCCUCGGUCGUCGAGCCAAAUUACUCCCAGAAAAGAGAGGUUCUUCCAUUCAUGUCAUCAUGGAGCGGUCUACAGCUAAGACUAUGGACUGCUAUGUCGAGUUGCUCACACAGGGUGAUGCACAGGAGGCCCUCGCAUGGGUCAACCGUAAUUUACCUGCUCAUUCACCACGCCUCGGUGAUCGUCAUGUGCAUGUCGACAUCUCUUCUCAGGACGAACUGCUUCGUGAGAUGUUUCCUCGUGCCAAGUGUGUCAUUUGGACCAACGGAUAUCCCGAAGUUCAGCCAAAUCUCGAUAGCUUCUCGACCGGUUUCCAGGGGUUUUUGACAAACGAAGAGAUGUUUUGUAUGGUCCAUCAUGCUGAAGCGCCAAAGAGAGCUCCCUUCGCCGAAAAGUGCCCACAGCGUCCGUACGAGUUUAUGAUUAGCACUCUCGACAAAUUUCCAUGGUUUGCGAAGUCUCUUUACACCGUAGAGCACCGCAACGUCUUGUUUGAUGCCACGAGGCGUCAACUGCAGGCAUUGGUCACCCAUGUCAAUGCACGACGAGUCAUCCAACUGGAUGCACGUCUGUUGAGGGACCUCCUCAACGCAGGACUUCGUUGCCCGGCGUUCAAUGAACGCCAGAAAUACCUUCUCCGCGUGGCGGCGGAACAAGAACAAGGGGGUACCCCCAGAACUUCGAUGUUCUGGCCCUUCGACACCCUUUCGCGCAAGGGCAGUGCGCGAGAGGAAAGUGUGGAGGAGUAUGCCCGGUUAAUCCGGGCUGCUGUCCUACGCCGAGUCCCCAAUUUUGGGGAGCUCAACAACUCGUGGGACGCCAUUCAACAUGGCAACUCGCCCUUCGGGCCACUCAUGCUGGAGUGGCGGGGUGAGGGAGCGCGGCGGAGCCUGCAAGCCGCCAUUAACGCUGAGAUCGGGGUGAUGAGAGCCCUGGUCUCAGAGGGGCUUGCGGCUAUCAACACCGCCGUUUGA